AUGGUGCACUGCGCUGGGUGCGAGAGGCCGAUCCUGGACCGCUUUCUGCUCAAUGUGCUCGACCGAGCCUGGCACGUCAAGUGCGUCCAAUGCUGCGAGUGCAAAUGCAAUUUGUCGGAAAAAUGUUUUUCUCGAGAGGGGAGACUGUACUGCAAAAAUGACUUCUUCAGGAGGUUUGGCACCAAGUGUGGUGGUUGUUCCCAGGGCAUCUCUCCAAACGACUUGGUCCGGAAGGCUCGGAGCAAAGUUUUUCACCUGAACUGCUUCACAUGCAUGAUGUGUAACAAGCAACUCUCGACCGGCGAGGAGCUCUACAUCAUUGAUGAAAACAAAUUCGUUUGCAAAGACGAUUACACGAGCAACAGCAGUGUAAAAGACACGAACCUCCUUUCAGUAACGGCAUGCAGUGACCCGAGUUUAUCCCCGGAUUCACAAGACCCUCUCCAGGAUGACGUGGUUCUUAAAGAAACGGAUAUUGCCGCCCUGUCGGAUAAGGAAACGGUAAAUAACGAGAAUGACGACCAGAAUCUUGGUGGCAAGCGGAGAGGCCCUCGGACAACUAUUAAGGCAAAACAGUUAGAAACGCUGAAGGCGGCGUUUGCUGCGACCCCUAAACCCACCAGACACAUCAGGGAGCAACUGGCGCAAGAGACCGGCCUCAACAUGAGAGUUAUUCAGGUCUGGUUCCAGAAUCGACGUUCCAAAGAGAGGCGUAUGAAACAGUUGAGUGCACUGGGAGCCCGCAGGCAUGCUUUUUUCAGAAGCCCAAGACGGAUGAGGACGCUGGUAGAUCGCCUGGAACCUGGGGAGCUCAUCCCGAACGGACCUUUCUCUUAUUAUGGAGAUUAUCAAAGUGAAUAUUAUGGCCCAGGAGGGAACUAUGACUUCUUUCCUCAGGGGCCACCUUCAUCGCAGGCCCAGACCCCAGUUGAACUCCCUUUUGUGCCCUCUUCAGGGCCCACGGCCACACCCCUAGGAGGUAUGGACCACCCGCUACCAGGGCACCACCCAUCCAGUGAAGUGCAGCGCUUCUCAGAUAUUAUGUCUCACCACCCUGGGGACUCUCCCAGCCCAGAGCCUGGCAUCCCGGGAGCUCUGCACAAUAUCUCCUCUGAGGUGUUUGGCCCCAGUGCACCGUUUACCUCACUGUCUCUGAACAGCAGCGGAUAUAACAACCAUUUGUCACAUCCGACGACAGAAAUGAAUGAUGCCACUGUGUGGUAG